AUAUGAGGGUAGUUUAUUAACAUAUCUUAGUGUUGUUGACGAGCGUCGUAGUUAUUUAGUCAAUAUUAAUGUGUACAGUGUUUGUUGAAAUUAUGGAUAGAUAUGUUUUUGAUAAAAAAUCUUGUAACACGAGGCGGCGGCAGAGUGACAGGUUCGUACCAGCACGAGAAGCUGUUGAGGAAAAGCGCAGGCGCAACUCGUGGCCAAGACCUACUAAAAGCUGCGACCUUUGGGAUAGUAAAUACUUACAACAGAAGAAACACGCUGUUCUUCUCUACGGCGUGUUAGGGUUUGAUGAUGAGUUAAAUAAAUAUGAGAAGCAAAUGAUCCCAGCGUGGCCGUGUGUACCGCGACAGAGGAAAUAUCUCGCUCCGGCUGACAGCAUCCUAGACCUGCCUCGCUACGGUGAGGCUGACUUUCCAGAACUUCUUGAUUGGGGCAGUGAUAAUGUGCUUGUGGCAGCCCUAGGACAUAUUUACCAUAAAUGGAGCUGGAAAACGCAGGACAUAAUACAGCAAUCGACAACAUCCAACCAAACGAUGUGUUGCAAGUUCCAUCCCAGAGCUGAAUAUCUAGCGUUGGGAACGACUGGUAGACGAGCUGAAAUUCACGAUAACGAACUUUCGAAAUGCAUAAGCAACAGUUACUGUGAUUGCGAUAUACUUUUAGGGAAAAACUACAACUGCGCAAUAACAGCCUUCGAAUGGAGUCCGACUGGCCAGUCUUAUGUUAUGGGCUGUUCCGAGGGGAGGAUAAGAUCCUUUACUAUCAAUAACAGACCAAUGUCGCAAAGAAGAAUGGCAAAAGUAGCUAUAUCAUUACUAAGAAUAUCCCCCGACGCUAGAUUCCUAGCCGUGACGUCAGUCUUACAAGAUGAUAUUUACCUUCUAUGCUGGCCCUCCUUUGAAUUAUAUUCCACACUGGUGUCUCCUAAUUGGACUGUUAAAGCAAUAAACUGGCAUCCGUGGCGCAGCGCUCUAUUAGGCGUUGGGACGGUUACGAAAGACAUUCACGCACGAAUCGUCAUGUGGGAUGUACCUGCCGGCAGGAUCGCAGAGUAUGGCCUCAGCGACAAAAACUAUUACCUCGACACCAUGCGAUUUAAUCAUAGAAGUGGAGAACUCGUUGUUAGCUUAUACAACCCUAAUGUGGCAAACGGAAAUUCACAACUGGUGGUGUUGAGUGAUCACGACAAGGCAGUAGACCACUGGGGCGACGGCAGGAAGUUUCCAGAUCGAGUCCGGUACAUGAUCUUCAAUCCUGAUGGGACAUUGCUAGCUUCAGCGACUUCAGAUGAGGACUUAAUAAUAUGGAAAUUUCUUCCAGAAGAUAAAAAAAAGAAAAUUAAAAACAAAAGUUUCUCAACAAUGCCAGUAUAUCUAGAUGUUACAAAGAGGAAUGCUUUAUGCAUACUCUGCACCCCGGUGGGGACGCGGCUAGUUAUGUGGGAUUCUCCUCCAUAUCGGAGGCAUACCCACUAAACCUCCAACGUAUCGGAACCAGGCCAGGGGCACUCUUUCGCUCUCCUCCGCGGCCCCGUCUGCGUCAGCUGUCGAGGCAGCUCGCUCUCGGACUAUACUUGUAACGUACAAUUGUGCUUACAACCUACAAUUGAAUAUUGAAAAUACGUAUUACUAAAUACGUUGGACCUUCAAAUGCGAGAGAAACUACCAUAU